GCCCCGCUGACUUCAGCGACGCUGUCACUCUACGAUCACUACUACUUUUGCCGAUGACGACGCUGGCGGUGCGGCGCCGUGCGGUGUGCGGCCUGGCGCUCCUCGCGCUGCUCUGCGGCUGCGCCUCCGUCUGCGGUGCGAAUGCUGAAGGAACUGCUGGAUCGCCUGAGAACCCUCCUCCUGAUGUUGGGGGAAAAAUAUUUUUGCCGGUGGACGUGGCGUGUGAGUUGUCCGAGGGGAAGUUGCAUUGGCGGCUCGCUGGAGAAAAGGGCUGGAACAACUGUGCGACCGUUACAAGCGAACCGGAAGAUGAGGUUGCAUGGCUGUGCGACAGCGCUGCAUGGCUGUACGGUUGUUGGAACUGCACCGAGGCGUGUGCCGCUGCCGGUAGUGACGCUGUCGCGUUCACGAUGAAAGUUGCGGCGUACGGGAAGAGCCAACUUUACAGGAAGUCGCUGGCGGCAAAAAGUGCUGCCGCUGGCGUCUCCUUUUCCGACGCGACAGGCGUUUGUGCGUUGGUGGGCGUGAAUAACACGGGCGAUGGAUGCGCCGGUGAAAAACUCGUUGCGGCCAAACCACCGGCACCUGCGGCGGUCAGACUAACGGGAGGAACUGAGGCACAGCAGCAAGGACGGACAAUUGAAGCCAAAAGUGAGCCGCAGCUGCAGGAGGAAGGCCGACGCGACGCAGGAGAAGCUGCAGCAGGUGCUGAGCGCGGCAACACCGGGGGCACCGCAGCGCAGAAGCCUGCAGGCCCUGCGCCUCAGCCCACGGCCAAGCCGCCUGCAGAGUCUGCGUCCCCGGUGGGUGGUGCCGGUGGGCAGCCCGCGCACACCGUUGAGGGCACAAAGCAGGUGGAUGAACGUGUGCCCGCCACCAAAGUGCCGCCCAAACAGAGCGCACAGCCACAGGCGGGAGGUGGCUUGGCCCAAGGCGGCGUUGACGGUGCCACGGGGCACCCGAAAGCAGCAGAAGACGGUGAAGAAGCGGGAGGCGUUGCAGAACUUCAAGCGGCGGCUGUGCACGGCAGCGACUUGACAGCCCUCUCGCAGUCCACUGCCGGCGCCGAGACCAUCGCCGGGGCCCAGCCGCCCGAGAGCAAAAGGCAGACGCAAGGGGCAGCGGCGGCGCAGAGCGGUGCCCAACCCGAAAUUGACUCUACGGUCACCAGCGGCCCAGCUGCUCCCGCUGGGAGUCGGGCGGGGGCAACUCCACCAGUUCCCUCCACAGAGCCGAAUGAGACCAAUGCCGAAGACACCGCAGACCCCAAUGCCGCUCGCGCAACUGCAGAGAGCGAGGCUAAAACCCCUGCAGCGCGGCCCCUCGCUACCAGCACAGAUAACACCGCGACGACGACUGACGGUGACAGCAGCACCGCGGCCGCGCACUCCGCCUCCCCCCUCGUGCUGCUGCUUCUUUUGCUUGCGUGUGCGGCAGUGAUUGUGGCCGCGUGA